UUACUGCGGUGUUCAGCUGGACGUGUCUCAGUAACCCUGGAGAGCAGUUAUGAACAGGACAAUUCCUACCAAAUCAAGAUGGGCAGAGAGAAGAUCCACUGUGGUUUACGCGGUGCGCUCUGCCACGUUCGGCUCCUGGAGGAUGCUCACCCUGGGGGCAGAGUACGAGGAUACCUGGGCUCCGUCACCUGACAGCAGGCGCAGUCCGGGCCAGCGAGCGGAGGGGGAGCCAGGGCCCGCGGAGGAUACAGACGCCUGGGCCGGAGAGCCGGAGCGGCCCUUGUGGAGAGCCGCUGACACCCACACCGAUCACAAGUACGACACAGUCUUACACCUGGAUGGACUGAGCAGAGCGGGACGGACAGAUGGUGUCCGCCAGGUCGUCAGGAAGCACGAGACCCUGAACCGCAUGCCGUGGCCCAGCAGAAUGGCUCGCUUCGCAGAAGAUCUACCCACCCGCUAUGGAGGAGGCGCAGGCGGCGGAGGGAGAGGCGGACCGGGCGCUGGGAGAGGGGGAGCCCGGGGUGGUGGCGCUCCGGGUGGGCAGAGGAUGUACAAGCAGUCGAUGGCCCAGAGAGCCCGGACAAUGGCCAUCUACAACCCGAACCCUGUCAAACAAAACUGCUUAACUGUCAACCGCUCCCUCUUCAUCUUCCGCGAGGACAAUCUCAUCAGGAAGUAUGCAAAGCGAAUAACAGAGUGGCCUCCAUUUGAGUACAUGAUCCUGGCUACAAUCAUCGCCAACUGCAUCGUCCUGGCCCUGGAGCAGCAUCUACCCGCCAGCGACAAGACGCCCAUGUCCGAACGUCUGGAUGACACAGAGCCCUACUUUAUUGGAAUAUUCUGUUUCGAGGCUGCCAUUAAGAUCAUCGCCCUGGGCUUUGCAUUUCACAAAGGCUCCUACCUCCGCAACGGCUGGAAUGUAAUGGACUUUGUGGUCGUCCUCACGGGAAUCUUGGCCACGGUGGGUUCAGACUUUGACCUGAGAACACUGCGGGCCGUGAGGGUGCUGAGACCCCUGAAACUUGUGUCAGGAAUCCCAAGUCUCCAGGUGGUGUUGAAGUCCAUAAUGAAAGCCAUGGUUCCCCUGCUUCAGAUCGGCCUGCUGCUCUUCUUCGCCAUUGUCAUGUUUGCCAUCAUCGGGGUGGAGUUUUACAUGGGCAAAUUCCACACCACCUGUUUCAAGAUCGACACUGGUGAGAGAGCUGCCGACUGGCCUUGUGGUUUGGAGCCCCCAGCCAGGACGUGUCCCAACGGUACCCAGUGCAGAGAGUAUUGGACUGGACCCAACUUUGGCAUCACCAACUUUGACAACAUCCUGUUUGCGGUGCUUACUGUGUUCCAGUGCAUCACCAUGGAGGGCUGGGUGGACAUCCUCUACAGCACCAAUGAUGUGGCAGGGAACACCUGGAACUGGCUCUACUUCAUCCCUCUCAUCAUCAUCGGGUCCUUCUUCAUGCUCAACUUGGUGCUCGGUGUCCUAUCAGGAGAAUUUGCCAAAGAAAGAGAACGUGUGGAGAAAAGGCAGGAGUUCCUCAAGCUUCGCAGGCAGCAGCAGAUAGAGAGAGAGCUCACCGGAUACUUGGAGUGGAUCUGCAAAGCAGAGGAGGUGUUGCUGGAGGAGGAGGAUGAGAUUGCAGAGGAGAAGUCCCCGCUGGACGGUGCGUGGUACAAGAGGAAACAAAACCUUCCAGUCCUGAAACGAGGCAAAGCCAAGAAAGGUAAAAACGACCUGAUCGGUGCCGAGGAGGGGGAGGACCCUUUCGCCGACAUCUCCUCUGUUGCUCCUCCUGGCUCUCCGUUUGGUCGAGCCAGUGUGAAAAGCGGCAGUAAGAUGGACAGCUCCUCUUACUUCCGUCGCAAAGAGAAGAGGAUCCGCUUCUUCAUCCGACGCAUGGUGAAAGCUCAGAGCUUCUACUGGAUCGUCCUGUGUCUGGUGGGCCUCAACACUCUGUGUGUGGCCAUAGUUCACUACGACCAACCUGAGUGGCUUACAAGGGCCCUAUACACAGCAGAGUUUGUGUUCCUGGGUUUGUUUCUGACUGAGAUGACCUUGAAAAUGUACGGCCUCGGGGCGCGGAAUUAUUUCCAUUCUUCCUUUAACUGCUUUGAUUUUGGGGUGAUUGUGGGAAGUAUUUGUGAGGUGAUCUGGGACAUAAUUAAACCAGGAGCAUCAUUUGGUAUCAGUGUGUUGAGAGCACUGCGACUGCUCAGGAUAUUCAAAGUUACCAAAUAUUGGAACUCGCUGAGAAACCUGGUGGUUUCCCUCCUCAACUCCAUGAAGUCCAUCAUCAGCUUGCUCUUCCUCCUCUUCCUCUUCAUCGUGGUCUUUGCUCUGCUGGGCAUGCAGCUCUUUGGCGGACAGUUUAACUUUGAAGAUGAGACGCCGACAACAAACUUUGAUACCUUCCCAGCAGCCAUCCUCACAGUGUUCCAGAUUCUGACUGGCGAAGACUGGAACGCAGUGAUGUACCACGGGAUCGAGUCUCAAGGAGGCGUUCACCGCGGCAUGCUCUCUUCCGUCUACUUCAUCGUCCUCACGCUAUUUGGAAACUACACCCUCCUGAAUGUCUUCUUGGCUAUCGCUGUCGAUAACCUCGCCAAUGCACAGGAGCUGACUAAGGAUGAAGAGGAGCAGGAGGAGGCAGCCAAUAAGAAGCUUGCCCUGCAGAAGGCUCUGGAAGUGAAGGAAGUCAGCCCGAUGUCAGCAGCCAACAUCUCCAUCGCUGCUUUUGUAAAGCAAAAUCGAGAUGCACUCUCUCGCAGGUCGUCCAUCAACAGCAUUCAGUCACCUAAAGAGCAGCAGCGGUCUGCAAAAAUCAUGUCAGUGUGGGAACAAAGGACCAACCAGCUGAGGAGACACAACAUGAGGGCGAGCAGCGAGGCCCUGUUCAACGAGCUGGACCCAGAGGAGCGCCUCCGGAUGUCCUCUGCCCUCCACCUGCAUCCUGACAUGAAGACUCACCUGGACCGGCCUCUCGUGGUGGAGGCCAGGAACGGCGACAAACCCAGCAGGCCUCCCGAAGGAGGACGAGAGGAGGCAGGGGAUCCCCGGCAGGAUGGGAUGGGAGACAGCUUCCACACGCACUCCAGGAAGCAUCACCGCCACCGCGACAGAAACGGGGAGAGCAGAGACGGAGGCGACGGCAGGGGAGGAAGGCACCACACUCAUCAUAGCAGGAGCAGAGAUCACAACACUGACGGCACCCAGACGAAAGAGAGGAGAGGGGAAAGGAACCAAAGCGCCGAUGGAGGACAGGGACACAGGCACCAUCACCAGGCUGGCUCCCCUGAGGAGGAGGCCAAUGAUAUGCAAGGAGGAGGAGGAGGAGAGGAAAGGGGACAUCGGCAUCACCACUCCCAUCGACAACCAAAAGAGGGAAAUGGGAUGAUAGUGAACGGCGCACAGGGAGAGCACAGAGGGAGGGGGGGAGGAGGGGAUAACAAUGGAGAGAGGAAGGGCCGCUGCUCUCGUAUGGUCAGAGCUCAGUCAACUCUGGAUGGAGAUGAUUGUAAGAGGAACACGAAUGGAACCAGAGGUCACAGGGAGAGGCAGCCAGAUGCCGAGGACAACGGCCUCGCCUCUAGUCCUCUGCAGCGAAUGCGCAGUAGCCUGAGUCUCGGAGAAAAGCAAGAGGAUGCUGACAACCAGAAGAACUCCACCAGGGCCAGCCAGGCUGGCCUCAACAGCAGCGCCAUCCACAUCCCUGUCACCAUCACUGCCCCGCCUGGAGAAACCACCAUCAUACCCAUGAACAACAUCGACUGUGACAACUUCCGACUCAGUGAGGAGAAGAAAGAUCUGGAGGAAGAGGAGGCAGCUAAUGGGCCUCGGCAGAUUCUUCCCUACAGCUCCAUGUUCAUCUUCGGGCAAACAAAUCCGGUGCGGCGGCUGUGUCACUACGUGGUCAACCUACGCUACUUUGAAAUGUGCAUCCUGAUGGUCAUUACCAUGAGCAGCAUCGCCCUGGCAGCCGAGGACCCCGUGCAAGCCAACGCACCGCGCAACAACGUUCUGAAGUAUCUGGAUUACGUCUUUACCGGAGUCUUCACUUUUGAGAUGGUGAUUAAGAUGAUUGACUUGGGACUUCUCCUCCACCCUGGCUCUUAUUUUCGGGACCUGUGGAAUAUUCUGGACUUCAUUGUGGUCAGUGGAGCUCUGGUGGCCUUUGCCUGCUCAGGGACGAAAGGCAAGGACAUCAACACCAUCAAGUCCCUCAGGGUCCUCCGAGUCCUGCGGCCACUCAAGACCAUUAAACGGCUGCCCAAGCUGAAGGCCGUGUUUGACUGUGUUGUAAACUCUCUGAAGAACGUUCUCAACAUCCUCAUCGUCUACAUCCUCUUCAUGUUCAUCUUCGCUGUUAUCGCCGUGCAGCUCUUCAAGGGCAAAUUCUUCUACUGCACCGACGAGUCCAAGGGUCUGGAGAAGGACUGCAGGGGUCAGUUUCUGGACUAUGACAGAGAUGACGUAGCAGCUCAGCCCAGAGUGUGGAAGAAGUAUGAGUUUCACUAUGAUAACGUUCUGUGGGCCUUCCUAACGCUCUUCACCGUCUCCACCGGAGAGGGCUGGCCAGUGGUCCUGAAGCACUCUGUGGACGCUACCUACGAAGAUCAGGGCCCCAGCCCAGGCUUCCGCAUGGAGACAUCGAUCUUCUACGUGGUGUACUUCGUGGUGUUCCCCUUCUUCUUCGUCAACAUAUUCGUGGCUUUGAUCAUCAUCACCUUUCAGGAGCAGGGAGACAAGGCCUUGUCUGAGUGUAGCCUGGAGAAGAAUGAGAGAGCUUGUAUAGACUUUGCCAUCAACGCCAAACCGCUGACGAGAUACAUGCCUGAGAACAAGCAGUCCUUCCAGUACAAGAUGUGGAAAUUUGUGGUGUCACCUCCGUUUGAGUACGCCAUCAUGACUUUAAUCGCUCUCAACACAGUCGUGCUGAUGAUGAAGUUCUACGGAGCUCCAGACCUGUACGAGUCCAUGCUGAAAUACUUAAACAUCGUCUUCACAGCCCUCUUCACGCUGGAGUGCAUCCUCAAGAUUAUUGCCUUCGGUCCACUGAACUACCUGAAAGCAGCGUGGAACGUGUUUGACUUAGUGACUGUGCUUGGAAGCAUCACAGACAUCCUGGUCACAGAGAUCAAGAACAAGAUGAUCAACCUGAGUUUUCUGAGGCUGUUCAGAGCUGCUCGUCUCAUCAAGCUGCUGCGGCAGGGCUACACCAUCCGCAUCCUGCUGUGGACCUUCGUUCAGUCCUUCAAGGCUCUGCCGUAUGUCUGCCUCCUCAUUGCCAUGCUGUUCUUCAUCUAUGCCAUCAUUGGAAUGCAGGUGUUUGGAAACAUUGAGCUGAAUGAGGAGACGGCCAUAAACCACCACAACAACUUCCAGACCUUUUUCCAGGCCUUGACCCUUCUCUUCAGGAGUGCGACAGGCGAGGCGUGGCACGAGAUCAUGUUAGCGUGUCUCAGUGAGCGUCCGUGUGAUAAGCUCUCAGGAACUGUAGGGAAGGAGUGUGGAAGUGACUUUGCCUACUUCUACUUUGUCUCCUUCAUCUUCCUCUGCUCCUUCCUGAUGUUGAACCUCUUUGUCGCUGUCAUCAUGGACAACUUUGAGUACCUGACCAGGGACGCCUCCAUUCUGGGGCCACAUCACCUUGAUGAAUUCAUCCGUGUGUGGGCGGAGUACGACCCUGCUGCCUGCGGCCGCAUGACUUACCGUGAUAUGUACAAGAUGCUUCGCGACAUGUCUCCUCCACUAGGUUUGGGAAAGAAAUGUCCUCCCAGAGUCGCCUAUAAGCGAUUGGUGAAGAUGAACAUGCCCAUUGCAGAUGACAACUCGGUGCAUUUCACCUCCACGCUGAUGGCCCUGAUUCGCACAGCCCUGGAGAUCAAGCUGGCAUCUGGGGUCCUGGCGCAGCGUCUUUGCGACGUUGACCUGAAGAGGGAGAUAAGCCGAGUGUGGCCCAACCUGUCGCAGAAGACUGUCGACCUGCUGGUGACGCCACAUAAAUACAACGAGCUGACUGUGGGGAAAGUCUAUGCAGCUCACAUGAUCUUUGACUACUACAAGCAGAACCGUGCCAAGAGACUCCAGCAGCAGCAUCCUUCAGGAGGACCUCAGAGUAAAUUGGGGGCGUUGUUCCGCCCUGUGCUGCCCCUCACUCACCUACAGGAAGCAGAACCACCGAUCUGCAGCCCCAAACAGCCCCUCCCACCCCAACCUAUGCCAGAGGCCCCGCCCUCCUCCACCACCACCGCCACAGCUGCCACCUCAAUAAGCAGGGACACAAUAUUAAACCAGAGGAGUGCCAUAAAACAUUCCCAGUCCGGAGAUGUUUCUCAGGCAUCACAGAGGCCCAAAGGCCGGAGGAAACUACAGAGGGGCCAAUCAGAGGAUGUGCCAUAUUCCACCAGACCUCAGGAACAGGUUGAACUGAAACAGGUGGAGAACAUUUCAGAUACAGAGGGAUAUCCCAGCCUGGAAGGCCACAACAGAGCAGCUUCUCUGCCCCGACUCAAUGCUGAGUACUACCGGAGCCACCCUCGCCACGCCCCUGGGACCCACCUGGCACCGAUUGUGGACCUCAGCCCUAUAAGACGCUCAGCGUCCUCGCUGACACCGCAGAGCCACCAGGAGGCUGGGCUGAGAGGGUAUGACCUGGAGCGACCUGACCUGGCCCAGUCCUCAACAGGGCCAGGGCAGGUUCCGGGCCAGGACAGAGCCCACCACCAUCACCACCACCACCGCUGUCAUCGACGAAGGGACAAGGACAAAGACAAGAAGCAAAAGUCCAUGGAUAGAGCUGCAUCAGUGCAACCCUCCAGCACUGUCGGUUCCUUCACCGACCCUUCGGCUGAAGGUUUGUCCAGAGAACGAGCGAGGGAGCGGGACCGCAGCCGGCCUCAUGAGAGGAGGCACCACUCCUCAGCAGGGGAGAAGCAGCGCUACUACUCCUGUGAGCGUUACGGCAGCAGGGAGCAGUGUCACGCCAAGUCGGCCGGUCCCAGUAGAUCCACGUCUCCUGGAGAGGGACAGGACGCUGGUUUGCUCAGACAGUAUGGUAGCAGUGUGCUGAAAGCUGGCCCUGUAACUCUUCCCUCUGGUUCGAGCACGCCGGGCCGUGGUCGCAGGCAGCUGCCGCAGACACCCCUCACCCCUCGUCCCGCCGUGGCCUAUAAGACCGCCAACUCCUCGCCUCUCCCGUCCAGUGCCAGCACUGCAAUGACAGGGCACCAGACUCGCUUCAGCCGUGGCCUUUCAGAGCACGAUCGUUUACUCGGGGGCCACAACGAGUCCCCGAUACCAGUCACCCGCAUCAGUUCAGACCCUAAUUUGAACCGGCAGCUGCAGGAUGCUUCUCAGCAGGCCCUCCUCGAAGAGACAGAGGACUUCCAGGACGCUGUGAGCAGCCACGGAGGGGGGCGCUCUGCCAGAACCACUGCCUCAACUACAGCCUCCGCUUCACACGGAACUGCUGCUGCGCCCGUCACAGCUCCCGUCACACAGGGCCGGGCGAUGGUGGUGCCAAACGGGUACCACUUCAUCCUCGGGGUCAACUCGGGGGGCAGAGGAACAGGAAGUCUCAGGGAGAGGGAGGAAGAGGACUGGUGCUAACAUGCCAGAACACUUUGGAAAGAUUUUGAUGUUACCUGUGAACGGGGCAGCUUUUUUUUUUUUUUUUUUUUCGGUGUUGUGCAGUGCUCAUGUCAGGUCCAAUGAGCUGAUAGAAAGCCAGAGGAUUGAUACAGAAAGAAAGAUACUGAAGAAAACGGUCAGUGGAAAGUGCUAUAAAAGGGGAUCAGAAAUCAUUCCAGCUUUGUAGUGUUAACUCUCCUUUUUUUAUACAAGAAACUCUUUAAGGAAAAAAAAAAGACACUGAUGACUUUUUGUACCCCCUUUACUUGCACUGAAAUUAUAGCACAUGUGAAGACCCUUAAGUAUUUUGCCUUGGCCAGUAAAAUCAGUGUUGGAGCAGAAGACAAAAGCCAAAAUCCCCUCAUUCUUUCAGUGAAGCUAUGAACUGUGUUUCAGACUGAUCUGAAUGCCUCAUUCCUGGUAUUAACAUGGCUGCUCACAACACUGUUUUUAUUACUGUAUGUUUCAUUUUGUUUGUGUUUGCCAUGCGGGUUAGAGAAGAGUUAUAAUUUGAUCAUAUUAUUUGAUCAUCACGACGCUACCACCAAAUUAUUCUCCUCUCUUUUGGUUGUUUAUUCAUCAGUUAUUCGGAGUUAACGCUGAAUUCUGACAACAAGAGUUAUUAAGAAAACAAAUGUCUUUCUUUAUAUCUUAAACUUCUGCCAAGACUCUUAACAGAGACAGUAAUUAAUGACAAAAAUCAAACAGUGGGAUUGGUUGGGAUGGAACUAGACAUUUUUGUAAAUUAUACCAGAUGUAAAUUUCUGGAGUGCACAUAGGGACUAGAUCAGCUCUUUUCUGACGUCAUGUGGCUGAAUACUAAGUGCCUCGUUUUCCAAGAUGUAUUGAGAUGCAGUCUGGCUCUGGGUCAGAGGGACCUGAACCGUUGUAAGUAUGUACACAGCUGAGAAAAAAAAAAAGAAAAGAAAAGUGGAAAGAACAAAGCUCUUGUUUGAAUCUGGUAUAAAGGACAGGAUGCAAAAAAGACCUUUCUUUGUACUGAAUCUUGUGGUAGGUAAAUCAGAAUUACAGAUGCAAAGUAAGCAAUGUAGUGCAUGCCAGGGUCUUGAACUUGUCAAAAAAAAAAAAAAAAAUUGUGUCUGUACUGUUGCUUAAGGGUGUGUGGUAAGCAUUUUGCCUUUCUCUUUCAAAUAUACUGCCAGUCAGUUGGUAGAAACGGUCUCUGAAUGGAGAAAAGUGCCAUUUUUUUGGAUUAAUAAUCAACAAAUGUUUCUCAUAUUCAGAAGCACCUGCCUCCUACAGCAUUCAGUAUAUAUGUCAUCUCUGCCAUAUUCACCCAGAUCUUAUGGGUUUCCUUUCUCCUCACCCGUUUCCACUGAGAGCAGUAUUGUGUGAGGGUUUGUAGGCGAGGGUACCUGUGUGUGUAUUCACAGGUACAAUAAAGAGUUGUGUUGUUGCUGCUGACUGUUGACUUAAAGUAGGGCUAUGCAACAAGACGACACUUCAUCUGCCCUGUAGCUUUACCCUCUGGAAUCUCCAGGUUCAGGCUUUAGUGUGACUGCGACCAAAUUUUACAUUUACGUGUGAAGAGUUGUAAAUUGUAAAUAUAUUAUAUGAUGUACAGUUGACUGAAAACACACUGAGGCACAAGUUAAAGCUGAUAUAUAUGUGAAUCACAGGGCAUUUUUGAGGUUGGGAAGUUGACUGCAUGACGCCUACCCAGAUAGAACCACCCAACACAUUCAACUGUGUUCUUUCCAGACUUGGGUCAAGUUGUAUUUUUAAAUAAUUUUCAGUGGUUUUUAAACUCAAGUAUUCUGUCAAUGAACUGUGUAUGAAACAUUUUUUCUGUCAUUUCCACAGUUCUGCCUAAAACUAAGACCUGCACCAGGCCCAUACCCACCUCCUUUGGCCCUGAGCCAGCUAAACCCAACGGGCACUGCCACGUCACAGGCCAAGGCUGUGUUUGGGGGCCAUAUUCUAUCCUUUACUGGCCAUUAACCUGCCAGGCUCUUUGGAAUAACAUAGCUAAUUAAAGGAUUAUGCUGGCAAUGUUAUGUGCUUCCAUCUCUGUCCCUGCCUUGUCCGUUCCACUCAGCUCUAAGCUACUACUGAAGAUGUAAAUCUUUGUUAACAGGUUACAAAUAUAUAGUUUCAUAGUAUAGUAUAUAGUUUUGUUAAAUUUAGUUAAUUUUUGAAUUUUAUUAUUUAUUCAUUAGCAGCGUAUCUCAACAGGUUUUGAUUACAUUUUGGCCUGAUUGAUAUUUUAACAGAUUAAUAUUUUUUCAUGGGGAUCAAGGAUUUUUCAAAAUUGUAAGUUAGGAUUAUCUUCAUCAUUACAUGUAAUUUAGAUCAAAAUAACAGACGUCUCGAAGUCUCAGUCUCUUGGUGCUCACUGUCUUGUCCUGGCUCAUCUCUAAGCAGGCUGAAGAGCAUGUUAAUUAUUUGCAAAUAUUAUUUGAUCCAAGUCUGAUUAUUUCCUUGUGUUUUAAUUUACUUUCUGUGGUCUCACAUUUGUGCAAUCUAUUUGAUGGAUCAUCCAAAAGGUGACAUUUUAGACUUUAAAGCAGUGAGGUCUAACUGUAGACGUCACUCUGACUCUGCUCUUUGUGAAGGUAACAUAAUAGAUUGCUUGCCAUCUGAUUGUCUUUAAACGUUUCUGUAAGUUGCCAUAUUGGAACAGAGAUUUGUGUUCAUCUCCACAGGAAAAAAAAACAAAAAAACAAAAAAUGAUCCUACAUUUUCAGACCUGCCGUGAGUCCUACAGAAACAGGGUGCCAAGUUUUCCUCUUACAGUUUAACAGCGGCUGCCCCCUCUGGACAUGUCCUGUUUGCAUGUUCUGAAAAGAAAUUGUGCAUGUCAAAAAAAAAAAAAAAAAAAAAGAGGCAUUGUUUGACUUCAUUAAGUCCAUGAUUUGUACAAUUUGUUUCCUGGUUGUAUUUUCUGAUUAACUAAA